AUGCUGUCUGCUGCCCUAGCACUGCUGAUGGUGGUGGCAGUGGCCGAAUUUCUCAUUGGCCUGGUCGGAAAUGGAGUCCUUGUGGUUUUGAGUUUUAGAGAAUGGGUCAGAAAAUUCAACAGGUCCUUAUACAACCUCAUUGUCCUGGGCCUGGCCAUUUGCCGAUUUCUCCUGCAGUGGCUCAUUAUGAUGGACUUAAGCUUCUUUCCAGUUUUCCAGAGCAGCCGUUGGCUUCAUUACCUCAGUGUCUUCUGGAUCCUGGUAAGCCAGGCCAGCUUGUGGUUUGCCACUUUCCUCAGUGUCCUUUACUGCAGGAAGAUCACGACCCUUGAACACCCUGUCUGUUUGUGGCUGAAGCAGAGGGCCUAUCGCCUGAGUCUCUGGUGCCUUCUGGGGUACCUCAUGAUCAGUUUGUUACUUGUGGUCCACAUUAGCUUAAAGACCUACAGUCCUUCCCAAGGCAACAACAGCGUUCUGUACACCCUUUCAAACAGGCACUAUGUGUAUAUAUUAAAGCUCAAUGCAGGAAGUGGGUUGCCUUUCAUAGUGUUUCUUGUUUCUUCUGGGAUGCUGAUCGUAUCUUUGUGUAGACACCACAAGAAGAUGAAGGUGCAUACAGCUGGUAGGAGAGAUGCUCGGGCCCAGGCUCACGUCACUGUCCUGAAGUCCUUGACCUGCUUCCUUGUCCUUCACGUGGUUUACAUCCUGGCCAGUCCCUUUUCCAUCAUCUCCAAGUAUUCUGCUAAUCUCCUCAUAGUCUUCAUCUCCAAGACACUCAUGGCUGCCUAUCCUUCCCUUCAUUCUGUCAUGUUGAUCAUGGGGAAUCCGAGGAUGAAGCAGACUUGUCAGAGAAUCCUGUGGAAAAUAGUGUGUGCUUGGAGAUGCUGA